UAUGUUGUUCAUGUUACAUUCAACUUCGUAUAUUGUUUUGCCUCCCACAACUAAAAUCAUUCCCUACAAAAUCCAAAUCAAUCCAACCAAUGGGUUUUGGGCACCAAACCAUCAAUUCAUUCCCUCCCACACUAAAUCAAAUACUAGAAUUAUCUAACAAUAUAUAUAUAUAUAUAUAUCAUUCCCAAAACUAAAUGGCCCAAUCUUGAGAGCCCAAAUGUUAGAUAACAACAACCCGAGAUUGUUGGAGUGAAAGAAGCAUGCAGUUUGUAAUCGCAUCGUAGGUCACUGAGCUGAGGUUUGAAGCUAACGUUCCAAUUCUGUGGUCAAUUAUGACUACAGUCCAGAGUAAGGGGGCAGCAAUGGGAACUGCCACAACUGAGAAAGCAUUCAAAAGAUGGGGCAGGAGAAACCCAUUUGUGAGAUAUGGCCUUCCUAUGAUCUCCCUCACAGUCCUUGGCUCAAUAGGCCUUUCCCAACUCUUGCAAGGCAGCAAGGAUAUUGCAAAGGUGAAAGAUGAUCGGGAGUGGGAAAUAAUUGAAACAAGAAAAGCGUUAUCUAGGACAGGACCAGUGAAUGCAUACAAUCCAAAAAAGAUUUCCUUGGAGGAUGAGCUAAUGGCUUUGCAACAAAAGGUGGACAUUAACAACUAUGAGUACAAGAAAAUUCCUAAACCAAAAGAGGGCAAUCGAGACUAGACUAGAGUUGUGGACUUGAAACAAGUUUUGUCGGAAUUUCUCAUGUACCAUGCUCAAAAUCAACUUUUAAGGAGUCAAGAGUCAGUUACCAUCUUGAAAGUGAAGUUGUUAUUUCCCUGCAUCUUUAGUGUUUUGAAUUCUUGAUUAUGACAUUAUGGAAAAGGAAGUUGAGAUAAUUUUGAAAUUUUGCGUAUCAAGGAUUUUUAAGUACGGUGCAGGGAACAGCAAAAAGUAUUUGCUUGGUUCUGCUUAAAUAAGGGUGAAAAAGUGUAAAUGUUUCCUGUCAUGUUUUAGUUUGUCUUUUUUUACCUAUCUUGCAGCGAUGCACAUUGGAUGUUUUAACGAUAAUGCUAAUGGAGUCACUUUGCCGUCAAAACACUCAACACAUGUAAAAUUGCUCGUAGCAUUAUUGGAAACGGUAAUAGAAAUAGCUAUUUUGUUUA